UCUGGAGUCUGAGACCAGCAGCUUCUACUUUUCUACGGUAACCACCUUGGAGCUCCUCUUACCUAGCCUAUCCAGCCACCCCAGGAGGAAGGGCCUGGUUUUUAUCUCCAUUGGACACAAACUUGGGAUCCAGAGAGGUGACUCGUCCCAUACUUGUGCAGCCAGUGGCCCGAGGCAGCCGGGAUGACAACUCUCCCCAGGAACCCUGGCACCUGAGAAACAUGAUCAGCAAGUCCCGCUGGAAGCUCCUGGCCAUGCUGGCUCUGUUCCUGGCUGUCAUGGUGUGGUACUCUAUCUCUCGAGAGGACAGGUACAUUGAACUCUUUUAUUUUCCCGUCCCAGGGAAGAAAGAGCCAUGCCUCCAGGGUGAGGCGGAGAAGAUGGUCUCCAAGCUCUUUGGCAACUACUCCCGAGAACAGCCUUUCUUCCUGCAGCUUAAAGAUUAUUUCUGGGUCAAGACCCCAUCUCUCUAUGAGCUGCCCUACGGGACCAAGGGGAGUGAAGAUCUGCUCCUCCGGGUGCUAGCCAUCACCAGCUACUCCAUCCCAGAGAGCAUCCAGAGCCUGAAGUGCCGCCGCUGCGUGGUGGUGGGGAACGGGCAUCGGCUGCGCAACAGCUCUCUGGGAGAGGCCAUCAACAAGUACGACGUGGUCAUCAGGUUAAACAGCGCUCCGGUGGCUGGCUACGAGCAGGACGUGGGCUCCAAGACCACCAUGCGUCUCUUCUACCCUGAAUCUGCCCACUUCAACCCCAAAGUGGAGGACAACCCCGACACACUCCUCGUCUUGGUAGCUUUCAAGGCCAUGGACUUCCACUGGAUUGAGAGCAUCCUCAGUGAUAAGAAGCGAGUGCGAAAGGGCUUCUGGAAACAGCCUCCCCUCAUCUGGGACGUCAACCCCAAACAGAUUCGGAUUCUCAACCCCUUCUACAUGGAAAUCGCAGCUGACAAACUGCUGAGCCUGCCGAUACAACAGCCACACAAGAUUAAGCAGAAGCCCACCACAGGGCUAUUGGCCAUCACCCUGGCCCUCCACCUCUGCGACCUGGUGCACAUUGCUGGCUUCGGCUACCCAGACGCCCACCAGAAGAAGCAGUCCAUUCACUACUAUGAGUAUAUCACGCUCAAGUCCAUGAUGUGGUCAGGCCACAAUGUCUCCCAGGAGGCCCUGGCCAUCAAGCGGAUGCUGGAGAUUGGAGCGGUCAAGAACCUCACUUACUUCUGACUCGGGCAGGAGCUGUUCCCAUUGGCUCACCCUGCUGAGCAGCCCCGGUCCGUGCCUCUGGGGGUGCCGGGUGCCAGCGUGGCCUGCUUGGACUCACCCUCUCCUGUGUGGGGAGGGGGCCAGGUCUGAGACGAGGCCGUGCCCCUGGCUGCUCUGGUGGAGGCCAGAUGGAGUCAGGGUGGAGGCCCUGGGGCAGGAGGGGCUGGGCCUGGGCAUGGGGGCUUGCUUCUGUGGCAUCCCCUCUCUGCCAGUGUCGGGAGAUUAUUUAAGGGGCUAUUUAAUUAAGGGGUAGGAACGUGCUGUGGGCUGGCCCCGUGGCAUCCAGAAGAGGGGGCAUAUGGCAGUGUCCUGCUCACUUUUGACACAGAAGUGAUGCGCCCACUACGGCCUAGGCCCAGAGUGGGCCUCCCAGGAGGGCAGGGCGUCUGAAGUGGGCGGUGCCCCCCCCAGAGAGGGGCUGCUCCCUCCCAGCAGGCAUGGGAAGAGCACUGGCGCAGGGGCUCCAUGGUGGAAGUGACCUAAAAUAGGUUACAAAGUAUUAAACUAUUUUUCCUAAAACAGAA